CCCUAACGUCGCUUUACCUAACGGUAUUCUCUCUCUCUCUCUCUCAAACACAAACACUCACUGACUUCCACUUUGGGUCUUCCACCAUCAUUCCUUAUUAUUAUUAUAUGAUCUCUACAAAAUCAACCUAACCACUUCUCCAAUUAAACUCCAAAACAUUCCAAUUUUAUUUAGGCUUCAAAUCAAUACACAACACAACACAAUCGUCAUGGAUCUUUGUGCUCUACACAUCAAACCUAACAUACCCAUCUUCAAUCACCCUAAUUCCUCACCAAAGUUUGCACCUUUCGAUCUUCCAAAAGUCUUCCAGAUUACGGUUCCCAAAUCAAUGCUUUACUCCAAUCGUUCGAUUAUUGUGCGAGCUAAUGGGAACAAGAAUUCGCAUAAUGAUCCUGAUUCAUCGUCUUCUGCAGGCAAUGGUGAUCAUUCGGUUCCGGAAGGAGAAGGAAAUAAUCAUGCUGAAAGCCACAAACCUAGUGAUACGGGUACCCCAAAGUUCCACCAUAAAGUUGACUGGAGAGAGUUUAGAGCCAUUCUCGUUGACAAUAAGCAGUUACUUCUUAACAAACAAGAUGAAGGGGCGGUCCAAGAGCCCAAACGUCUAGGGUCAAAAUGGGCCCACCCCUUGACCUCUCCCGAGACAGGCUGUGUCCUCGUUGCAACCGAAAAGCUCGACGGGGUUCAAACAUUCGAAAGAUCAGUCGUUUUCCUACUGGGCUCAGGAACCCGACACCCCCAAGAAGGCCCGUUUGGAGUAAUAAUAAACCGACCCCUUAACAAAAAGAUCAAAAACAUGAAACCCACAAAUCUUCAUUUAGCCACCACGUUCUCCGACUGUCAGUUGCAUUUCGGCGGGCCUCUUGAGGCAAGCAUAUAUUUAUUAAAAACAAAAGGGAAAGAAAGCUUUCUUGAUUUCGAAGAAGUUGUUCCUGGUUUAUGCUUCGGUUCCCGAAACAGUUUGGAUCAAGCUUCUGCGUUAGUGAAGUCCGGGGUUUUGAAACCGCAAGAUUUUCGGUUUUUUGUUGGGUAUGCGGGAUGGCAGCUUGAUCAGCUUAGAGAAGAGAUUGAAGCCGGUUUUUGGCACGUGGCGGCUUGUAGUUCAAAUUUGAUUUUCGGUAGGAUACAAAGUUCGUCGUCGGAGGGUUUGUGGGAAGAGAUUUUGCAGCUUAUGGGCGGGAGUUACGCGGAGCUGAGCCGUAAGCCGAAGCGAGAUAUAUAAUUUUUGUUUUGAAGUUAUUCGAGUUAAAAUAAAAUGGGAGUAUCUAAGGUUAAAGUUUACUGUUUUAUAAAUAUUAUAAAUAUAAAUAUUACAAGUAGUCUUAAGGUUGUACAGAAUUGACAAAGUAGAAACUUGCUCUUUAACAUGUAAAUGAACCUUAUGGUAUGUGUAGUUAUAACUUAGAGGGAGCUUCUUCAAA